AUGGCGGGAAAGCUGGUGGCAGAUGUCAGCAAGCGCCUGGGUCUGAAGCACGUGGUGUUCAGCAGCCUGGAGAAUGUCAAGCGUCUGACCGGAGGGAAGUUGGCAGUUGAUCACUUUGAUGGAAAGGGAGAAGCGGAGGAGUAUUUCUGGUCCAUUGGUGUUCCCAUGACCAGCAUCCACUUGGCAGCUUACUUUGAAAACUUCCUCACUUUAUGGAAGCCCAAGAAAGCCUCUGAUGGAGAUUACUACACCUUGGCACUGCCUAUGGGGGACAUUCCCUUGGAUGGCAUCUCUGUUGCUGAUAUUGGAGCAGUCGUCUCUAGAAUUUUUGAUUCUCCAGAAGAGUUCUUAGGCAAGGCUGUGGGCCUCAGUGCAGAAGCGCUAACAGUACAGCAAUAUGCUGAUGUUUUGUCCAAGAUUUUGGGGAAAGAUAUCCGAGAUGCAAAGAUCUCCCUGGAAGCUUACGAGAAGCUGGGGUUUCCUGGAGCGGAGGAAAUGGCCAACAUGUUUCGUUUCUAUCAGAUGAAGCCAGACCGUGAUGUCAAGCUCACCCACCGACUAAACCCCGAAGUCAAAAGCUUCAGCCAGUUUGUCUCAGAGAACAAGGAAGCCUUGAUGGGCAUUUAACUGUUCACACAGGCCCCUGACAACUUUCUUUUUCCCUGAUUCUGGCCCUCUGUACAACACAUCUCCAUUUAUAGAACAGAUAUGUUAGAAUGCAAUUGUUUGCAACUCCAAAGCCGUUCCUGAAAUACUCUCUUAAGUAGGAAACAUGGAAAUUUGAUUCACAUAUAACUUUUCAGAUAGUGAUAAGGAUGGUACACCUGUUUGGUUAAGUAAGAAGCCCCAAACUGACACCUUCUGUAGCUCUGACCCCCCCAACAGCCAAGUCGCCUCACCAGACUCUGGCCUGAGGAACUUGGAUCUUCUUCCCUAACAUGAAAGGGGGGUGGCCACUCAGCUUUCUCCUGCCUAAUUGAUCCAGAACCCUGGCUCUGAACCUCUCCUUGGAGUUCCAGUUCCCGCCCC